ACAGACGCUCUCGCUGUACCGUCACGUCCCAUUUCUGACCGGGGCGGGCUCUCGGUUACCGAGCCCUGUCGAACCGGGCGGCCGUUUUGCUGUUGUUUUUGAUCCGGGAUGGCGUUCAUGGAGCAGCAGCAGCAGCCGUUGUCCGGGAGGAAGCCGCCGCUGGACGACACCGUGCCGUUGAGCGCCGUGAUCGAAGCCAGCCAGAGUUUACAGUCGCACACGGAGUACAUCAUUCGAGUCCAAAGGGGCGUUUCAACAGACAACAGCUGGACGGUCAUCCGCAGAUACAGUGACUUCGACAUGCUGAAUAACAGUUUACUGAUAUCAGGCCUAAACCUGCCACUUCCUCCUAAGAAGCUGUUAGGAAACAUGGACCGUGAGUUUAUAGCUGAGCGCCAGAAGGGUCUACAGUCCUACCUGAACUACAUCACACGACAUCACAUCCUGUGCAGCUGCGAGCUGGUCAAAAAGUUUCUCGACACUAAUAAUUAUUCAGCUAACUACACAGAAAUAGCCUUACAGCAGGUGUCCAUGUUCUUCAGAUCUGAUCCGAAAUGGGAGGUUGUUGAGCCGUUAAAAGACAUUGGCUGGCGUUUGCGAAAGAGGUACUUUUUAGUCAAAGACAAAGAUCAGCCCAAAGAGAAACAAGUAUUAAGUUGGGUUGAUUUGGGUCCAGAUAAAUUCCUGUCUGACAAAGAUCUCCAGUCUGCAAUGAAGCUGCUGCCAACUUUGUCUCAUUCAAACAUCUCUCCUGUCAGUUUCGCCACUACCAGUGAAUCUUCUGCGCUAAUCAUCCGAGUUUUCAGUGAGAAAGGAACGCUAAGGGAUCACAUUUGCAAGGUGAAGCCCAAAGAGCCCUUUCUGAGGAAGUAUUGCAAUCCCAAGAAGAUCCAGGGUUUGGAGCUGCAGCAGAUCCGCACGUUCGGGAGACAGAUUCUGGAGGCAUUAAAAUUUCUCCAUGACAAAGGUUUUCCUUAUGGGCAUCUUCACGCGUCUAAUGUCCUGAUCGACGAAAACACCUGUAAACUGCUGGAUGUAGAGAAUUCAUUACUGGGACUGCCGUCUUACUACAGGCCUUAUGUGACACAGUUCAGGAAAAUUAACACCACAGAAAGUAUAGACGUUUACUCGUUUGGACACUUGCUGUAUGAAAUGACGUACGGCCGUCCGCCUGACGCUGUUCCUGUAGAUCAGUGUCCUCCGGCUCCAUUCUCAUCCGUCGUCUCUGUUCUUCAGUCCAUUCUGUCCACUGAAGCUUGCAAAACAGGAAUGCCAACCGUUUCCCAACUGCUGCAAACAUCGUUAUUCAAUGACGUGCUGCUGUUCAACUCUGAAAAACCCCAGUUUAAGAUCAGCUCUAAAUUAAAGGAGGCCCUGAAAUCCUCCAAAGAGGGUUUGGAGAAGCGUCUGGUGGAGGAGCAGAGGACGAUCCACCAGCACAAGCGACUGACCCGAGCGCAGUCACACCACGGCUCAGAGGAGGAAAAGAGGAAGAGAAAGAUUUUGGCUAGAAAGAAAUCAAGACAGUCAACGUAUGAAAUUGAGGAGGAUCUCUCUGUCAAAUAUAACAACAACUCUGCAGGUUCUGGAGCGAGUUCACCUCCAACCUGCCCGUCCUCUCCUACUCCUCUACCCGGAUCAGGAGCUCCUCUUCCUCCUCCUCCUCCUCCCCCUCCACCUCCUCCCGGGAUCGACUCCAACCCUCCGUCUCUCUCUCCUCCCAGUGCCAACGGUGUGGGCAGAGGUGCCCUCCUCAGCUCCAUCCAGUCCUUCAGCAAAAACAAACUGAAAAAAGCAGAGACUGUUGACCGCAGCGGCCCACGCUUGUGAAGAAGAAACAACAACAACAAAAAGAAACGCUCGUCUUGUUUUAGUGCAAUUCGUCCACUCAAAGUCUUUUAGCAACUUGCGUCUAGCAGUGAAAAGUGACUGUUUGUGAUCGAACUUUGUUGCCAUUCAAUUCCAGCAGAGCCCUGGUUUUAGGUUUUUUUUUUGUUUGUCAAGCUGCUCGACGUAAACUAAACAAUUCUGCUUGGACCAGCUGUUGUAUUUAAAAAAACGGACAUACGCGCUCAUUCGGACAAACAAUACGACCCUCUUUAUUUAGAAGUACUGUCUUACGAAGGCAUUAAUUGGUGGAGAAUGCAGGCAACACAUUAAUUUUUUGACAAUAAUUAACGUAACGUAAACAGUUCUGCUUUGACCAGCUGUCGCAUUAAAAUUCAGGACUUGCACACUCAUUUGAAUGAAAAAAUUAACCAUUUCAAUUUUGAUUGUUGUUUUUACGAAAGCAAAACAUAGAGUAAAAUGCGGACAACAUGUUUACGUUUUUGAUGAUAAUUAGCGCAACCUAAACGAUUCUGCUUGGACCAGCUGUCGCAUCUGAAUUAAGGGCUUGCGCACUAAUUUGAUUGGAGAAAAAAAAAGUCAUUUUCAUUUUCAAUUAUUGUUUUAUGACAGCAGGAGAAUGCAGACAACAUGUUUACGUUUUUGAUGAUAAUUAGCACAACCUAAACGAUUCUGCUUGAACCAGCUGUUGCAUUUGAGCGAAAAUUUUUUUGUCAAUUUCAAUUUAAAGUAUUGUCUUUUACGAAGGAAGAAUAUGGAGUAAAAUGCGGGCAACACAUUUAUUUUUUGACGAUAAUUAACGUAACCUGAACGAUUCUGCUUGGACCAGCUGCCGCAUCUAAAUUACGGACUUGCACAUUCAUUUGACCGAAAAAUAAAAUUUUCAAUUUUAAUUUUUGUUUUACGAAGGAAAAACAUGCAGGAGAAUGCAGUCAACAUGUUCACGUUUUUGACGAUAAUUAGCAUAACCUAAACGAUUCUGCUUGGACCAGCUGUUGCAUUUGAGCAAAAAAAUUAAAGGCAAUUUAAAUUUAAAGUAUUGUCUAACAAAGGCAGAAUAAUAUAAAGUAAAAUGAGGGAAACACAUAGAUUUACACAUUUAUUUGACUGAAAUAAAUACCAUCUUCGGUUUUAAUUAUUGUUUUACAAAGGCAAAACAAGGAGGAGAAUGCUUACAAUAUGUUUGUUUUUGACGACAAUUAGUGUAACCUAAACUAUUCUUCUUAGAUCAGCAAUUCCAUUUGAGCGAAUUUUUUUUAAGUCAAUUUAAAUUUAAAGUAUUGUCUUACGAAGGUAGAAUAUGGAGUAAAAUGCGGGCAACACAUUUAUUUUUGACGAUAAUUAACGUAAUGUUAACAAUUCUGCUUGAACCAGCUGUCGCUUUUUAAUUAAGGACUUGCACACUGAGUUGUCUGAAAAAAUACCAUUUUCAAUUUCAAUGAAUGUUUUACGAAGGCAGAACAUGGAGGAGAAUGCAGGCAACAUGUUCACGUUUUUGACAAUAAUUUUUCGUAAUCUAAAUGAUUCUGCUUGGACCAGUUGUCCCAUCUAAAUUAAGGACUUGCGCACUUAUUUGACUGAAAAAAAAACAUUUUCAAUUUCAAUUAUUGUUUUACGAAGGCAAAACAUGGAGGAGAGCAACAUGGUUACGUUUUUGACGAUAAUCAGCAUAACAUAAACGAUUCUGCUUGGACCAGCUGUUGCAUCUAAAUUAAGGACUUGCGCAUUUAUUUGACAGAA